AAGUUAUUAAGGAGACAAAGGACCUUGACCUUCCUGCUCACAAGGGAAUACUGUGAAACAGAGCAAGUACUGUGACCCUCCUACUCACAGGUGGCCAUUAAUUUAAUAAGGGAGGAGAAAUGGCAGAAAGUGCAGUCGGCUUAGUUAUGGAGAACUUGGUCCCUUUAUUAGUCCAAGAAGCAAGAUUGAUGAAGGGUAUUCAUGACAAAGUUGCAUGCAUGAAAGAUGAAUUGGAGAUGAUUCAGUCUUUCCUGAAGGAUGCAGAUACAAGGGCUGAGAAGGAAGAGGUGAACAACGUUUUGAAAACUUGGGUGAAACAGGUGAGGGAAGAAGCUUUUCAAAUAGAAGAUGUCAUUGAUGAAUACAUACUUCAUUUUGUAAAACAACCUUACAGGCGAAAGCAAUGCUUCCAUUUUCUCCACAAGGCUUUUCAAUUUACUAUAAAAUUGAAAGCAAGAAAUGUGAUAGCCUCUAAGAUUCAACAUAUCAGCAACAAUCUCAAGGAAAAGAGAGAUGGCUGUAGGUUUUCACUUUAACACUAUAGAUCAAAGGGAACCUAGCAGUGACACUGGAAGUGCUCCAUGGCAUGACCCUCGAGUUGUAGCUCAUUUCAUUGAGGAAACUGAGGUUGUGGGCAUUGGAUCUCAUAGGAACAAAUUGAUGAACUGGCUAGUAAAAAGACCAUCUAAUCGCACUGUGAUUACAGUGGUCAGCAUUGGUGGUGUUGGCAAGACUACUCUUGUCAAGAAAGUGUAUUAUAAUGAGAAGGUGGUUGCACACUUUAACUGUCGUGCUUGGAUCAUUGUGUCUAAAUCAUACAAGAUGGAAGAGCUAUUUAGAAACAUGAUAAAACAGUUCUAUGAGGCAAGGAAGGAGUCUGCACCUAAAGAAAUUAACACAAUGGAAGAGGUAAAGCUCAUUGAGGUAUUGCAGCCAUAUUUACUUGAACAAAGGUAUGUAGUUGUUUUUGAUGAUUUAUGGGAUAUAGAGUUUUGGGAGCAUAUAAAACUUGCCUUACCUAAUAAUGACAAAGGUAGUGGAAUUGUAAUCACAACUCAAAAUGAGGAUGUUGCUCCCACUCACAAUGAAUCUUCAUUGUGUUAUGUGCACAAGCACUUACCUCUAACUUCAGAUAAAGCUUUGGAACUAUUCUACAAGAAGGUGUUCCAAGCUAAAGAGGGCAAUUGUCCCCGUGAACUAGUUGAGCCGUCAUGCAAAAUAGUUGGAAGAUGUGAAGGUUUGCCACUUACAAUUGUAGUUAUAGGCGUUCUUUUGUCAAGCAAAGACAAGGUUGUCUCUGAGUGGAGUAAAUUUUAUGAUAGUCUUAGUUUGGAGUUAGACACUAAUUUACGUCUAAGAAGUAUCCUUAAAAUUCUAUCGCUUAGUUAUCAUGAUUUACCUUACUACCUCAAAGCUUGUUUCCUAUAUUUAGGCAUGUUUCCAGAGGAUUACUCCAUAAAUUGUGCAAGACUAAUUCGACUUUCGAUAGCUGAGGGCUUUGUAAAAGAAAAGCAAGGAUUAACAUUGGAAGAACUUGCACAAGCCUACUUGAAUCAACUCAUUCAUAGAAGCUUGGUUCAAGUGGUAAAGAUUGAUGUAGUUGGCAAAAUAGAUUUUGUCGAGUUCAUGAUAUAUCACGUGAGAUCAUUCUUUCAAGGUCAGAGGAGUUGAAUUUUUGUUUAGUCUCAAUUCAGAACUACUCAAAUUUCAACAAAAUUGCUCGACGUCUCUCAAUUAUGAACAAUGUAAAUACUCCAUUGCAUAGUAUUUCUAAUUCCCAUACUCGUUCUAUUCUAAUUUUUGGAUUAGACAAAGUACCCAAUUCUUUUUUUACUAUUUGUUUUGCAAAUUUCAAGCUCAUGAGAACAAUGGAUUUUGAAGGUGCUCCAAUUGAUUACAUGCCUAAAGAAGUCGGAAACCUAUUUCAUCUAAGAUAUUUAAGCCUUAGAGAUACAAAAGUGAAAAUGCUUCCUAAAUCGAUAGGUAAACUGCACUACCUAGAGACUUUGGAUUUGAAACGUUCCCUUGUGUCUGAACUACCACCAGAGAUCAGUAGGCUCCAUAAGCUACGGUAUCUUGCGGCAUACAUUGAAGACAAUGAUGUAGAAUACAAUAUUGAUUUUAGACAAGCAGUAAAGAUACCCAGUGGCAUUGAGCGUUUACAAUCCUUACAAAAGCUUUCAAGAUUGAAGCCAACAACAAUGCUCUUUGAACAGAAUUGGGGAGUUUGGGACAGUUGAGGAAGUUGGAGAUUGCUAAAUUGAAGAGAGAAAAUGGGAUAGCUUUGUGCACCGUACUAGAGACAAUGAGCCACCUUCAGUCAUUGUUAAUCAUGGCAACAAGUGAGGAAGAAGUUCUUGAAUUACAAUCAAUGUCUUCUCCUCCACCCCUCUUAAAAACUCUUUUCUUAUCUGGGCGGCUAGAAAAGCUUCCAGAAUGGAUUUUGAAACUCCACAGUAUAGUUAGAAUUGGUUUGAACUGGUCAAAAUUAAUGGAAGAUCCAUUAAAGGUCCUUCAAGCUCUGCCUGAUUUGAUGCGUCUUUCGCUUUACGAUGGUUACGCAGGUGAGCAAUUACACAUUGAGGGAGGAGGCUUCCAGAAACUAAAGUAUCUAGGGCUUCAAAAAUUGGGAGGAUUGAAUAGGUUGAUAAUAGAUGAAGGUGCCCUACCUCUUCUCGAAAAGCUUGAAAUUGGAGAAUGC